UGCUUUCUCCGUGCAUGAGCGCCUAGCCAUGCGGCUGAAAAAAGAAUGGUCACCGCCUCCUCGCGUUGACCCAUCGACAUGACCAAACCUGGUGGUGAAUGCCCAUCUGAACCAGCUUGAUGUCACUUCUGGCCUACCUCGGGGAAGCUCCGCGUCCGUUAAUGCAGGGAUAGAAGGUGAAUACUUGUACUCACCAAACAAACAAUUGGCAUCAUGUCCCUCCAAACCAGCUAUAACAAGAGCGAAAGGCUCCAUGGCCUCGAUACACCUCAAAUCCCCCGCUUCCAACCCUUGCCAUCCUCGCCAUGGACUCGGUCGAAACGUCAUCUUCCUCACGCUCAUCCGCCCAGCCUGACACGCCGCCAUCAUGUCUAAGCGACACUGACCGGUUUUCUGAGCCCGAGUUCGAUAUCGAAACAUUGUUGUCUCAAUUGGCACUGGACGAAAAGGUUGCUCUCACAAGAGGGUCAGAUAUGUGGCAUACAACGCCAAUUCCCCGGCUCGAAAUACCAUCGCUUAGACUCUCCGACGGUCCUAACGGGGUUCGAGGCACACGGUUCUUUGACAGCACUCCGGGUGCCUGCUUGCCUUGCGGUACAGGCCUAGGUGCAACCUGGGAUACCGGGCUUUUACGCAGACUGGGAAACCUACUUGGCGUCGAAGCAAAAUCAAAAAGUGUCCACAUACUGUUAGGCCCUACAGUCAAUAUACAACGCAGCCCCCUGGGUGGACGUGGCUUUGAAUCUUUUGGCGAGGAUCCUGUGCUUUCGGGACUUCUUGCAGCUGCGUACUGCAAUGGGGUACAAGACGAACAUAUAGUCACGGCGAUCAAACAUUUUGUAUGCAACGAUCAAGAAGACAAGCGCAUGUCUGUCAACAUCACUGUUUCAGAUAGGGCACUUCGAGAGAUAUAUUUGCUGCCUUUCAUGCUUGCUAUACGCGAUUCAAACCCAGGAGCCAUCAUGACAUCCUACAACAAGCUCAAUGGAACGCACUGCAGCGAAAAUGUCAAACUGUUGCGCGACAUCUUGCGUGGAGAAUGGUGCUGGCAGGGUCUGGCGAUGAGCGAUUGGUAUGGUACAUACAGCGCUUGUGAAGCUAUAGCAGCAGGUCUAGACCUGGAAAUGCCGGGCCCGUCACGGUGGAGGAACCUUGCGCUUACGCAUGCAGUCAACUCUGGAAAGUUGGAUGAAAAGGUGGUUGAUGAUCGUGCCCGAAAUGUCCUUGAAGCAGUCCAGAAAGCUGGUAAAUCUGGGAUAUCCCCGGAAUGUGGCGAGACGACGGUCGACACGCCGGGCCACCGUUCAUUGCUCCGGGAAGCUGCAGCAGACUCGGUGGUGCUUUUGAAGAACUCGAUGGGUAACUUGCCUCUACAGAAGAGUAAAUCAACAGCAGUCAUAGGCUCGAAUGCGAGGCUCACCCCAUUCUGCGGAGGAGGUAGUGCGUCGCUCAACCCUUACUACUCUACAUCUAUCCUCGAAUCAGUCCAGCGGAUAUGCGACGACGUCCGGUAUACUGAAGGUCCAUUUUCACACCUGGAUUUCUCUUUUCGGGACAGUGUCAUUACCGACACCAAAGGCAAUCCUGGUUUUACGUUUAGGUCUUAUCUAGAGCCACCUGACGUCAAGGACCGGGAGUGUAUCGACACCAUGUAUGUGCGUACGGGCAAGUUCUUCUUGUCAGACUACUCCCCUCCAAAGCUCAACUCACCGCUCUUCUGGGCCGAGAUGGAGGCGACUUUGGAGCCCGACAAACCUGGACCAUGGAGUUUUGGACUUUGUGCGCAUGGCACUGCCAGACUCUUCAUCGACGGGGUUGAGGUUAUCGACAACGAGACCCAUCAGGAACCGGGGAAUGCGUUCUUGGGAGCAGGCACCAAGGAAGUGAUGGGAACCAUCAAUCUCGAAGCUGGAAGACGUUACAGACUCCUCAUUACCUUCGGCAGCGCACCAACGUCGAAAAUCGUGAAGGAGGGAGUUGUCACUUUCCGCAAAGGUGGUGUCAGACUUCGGGGCGGCCCUCAAAUCAACGUCUCCGAGGCCAUGAGAGAGGCUGUGACUGUGGCUAAGGCGGCUGAGCAAGUUGUGGUAAUUGUUGGCCUGAAUGGAGACUGGGAAAUCGAGGGCCAGGACCGGACGAACAUGGACCUUCCUCCUCAUACCGAUGACAUGAUUGAUCGGAUAUUGGAUGUUCGACCCGAUGCAGUCAUAGUCACGCAAAGUGGUACGCCUGUGCGAAUGCCGUGGGCAUCGAAAGCGGCGUCAAUGUUGCAUAUAUGGUAUGGUGGAAAUGAGGUUGGAAACGGCAUUGCUGACGUGCUAUUUGGCGAUGUGGCUCCUGUAAGUCCCGCACCGUUGGCCUUGUUCUCUCCUCUCUUUUCCGCCAAGUCCGUCGCUACUCGUGAUGGGAAGCAAUCGAGCCUUCCUCUGACUUCAUCAGUCUGGCAAGCUGCCGAUGACGUUUCCGAAGCGAAUCCAAGACUGUCCUGCUUAUCUAAAUAGCAAGGCGGAUGCCGGCAGUAUGCUCUACGGCGAGAACAUCUAUGUCGGCUAUCGAUACUAUGAGGCUGUCGAGCUACCCGUCCAGUUCCCCUUUGGUUGGGGUUUGUCCUACACCACCUUCGCACUUUCAAACCUCCAGGUCCGAGCUGAGGGUCCCACACUGUCCAUUCAUCUACGCCUGACCAACGCCGGCACUCGGACAAGCUCGGAGGUCGUACAGGUUUACAUCAGUCAACGUGAUCCAAAAAUCACGCGGCCCAAGAAAGAGCUGAAAGGCUUCAAAAAAUGCCGCCUUGGUCCCAAGGAAGAUGUUGAUGUGGCACUCCAUAUUCCUAUGAAAUACGCAACAUCCUACUGGAAUGAGCACGCCGGUGCUUGGAUGUCGGACGCUGGCAUCUAUGACGUCCUGGUCGGAAACAGCAGUCGUGAGGCUGAUUGUCUGCAUGGCAUGUUCGAGACCGUCAUCACUUACUCCUGGAACGGACUCUAGACACUUGAAAGCGUCUCCGAUUUCAUUUCUGUGUCUUGGAGCUUUGGGGCGGCAUCUGAUGGUAUACAAGCUGGUGACGUAUAUACAUCCUUGGGAACGCCCACUCUGGAGUGUAUACUCCCAAAUCCAGAAGAUCCCCUUGGUGAAAUUCGGAGCAGCUGGAAACCAUACUCGGUAGUAGUAAGGCUACCACAGUGAGCUUGGCGCCUCACCCCCUGUGGGUCAGCCUUGCCGACCUUCGCUUGCGGUUCGCGGAGGCUCCGCGAGAAGGAAUGUUGUGGUACGGAGUACUGAGUUCCGCAGCCUGUCAUAGCCCCAGUGUGUGCCAUGGAAAGCG